GAAGGAAGGAAUGCUCGAGCCAACAUGUCGCGGGGAUGACGUUGACUUGUUUUCUCGUAUACAAUCAUUUUACACCCGAGGAAGAAUAAUAGAUACUACUAAUAAUGAUCUGUCCGGUCCGUUUCGUUUCAGCCACGGCAAUGGAAUGCAUCAACAAUAAAAGAGGUUGAGGUUGUUUUAUGCCGCCGCCGCAGAAGUCGUCUCUUCCUUCCUUCUGCUGCUGCUGCUGCUUACUCCUCCUCCUCCUGCAACUGGCCUAUUAGAUCUUCUUCUCUUAUUCUCUUCGUCUUCGGCUGGCUGUUAGUGGCCCGUGACUCUGUAAUAAUACUUUUAAUUAUCAGGCAGGCAGGCCCGCGCUCGCACUUGGAGGAUUCCUCCUCCUCCGCCUCACCUCUAACCUAAUUAAUACCCUAGUAAUAACUGGUCUUGGUCUUGGUAAUUCCCUUCCCUUUCUCGCUCGCCUCAACCGACCUGUAUCCAUCAUGAUAUCGUCAUCAUCAUCCACGCCUCCCCUCCCCUCUAAAAUGGCCACUUUCUUCCUCGCGGGGUCCUCCGCCUCUCUCUCUCCAUCACCCCUUCUUCGCACCAGACCUAAUCUGAAUUCAUCCUCGAUCGCUUCCAAGCACCCGCCGCCGCCGCCGCCGCCGCCGCCUUGUCUAAUUCCGAGCAAUAAUCCCGCAUCAAGAAGAAAAUCAAGGAUGAUUACCUGCGCAGCAACCAACAACCAGCAGCAGCAGCAGCAGCCCUUGUCUGUGUCCGAGAAGGUGCAGAGAUUGGGCAUUGAGUUCAAGUCAUUGGCUGAACCAAUCGACAGAGUGAGGAGGUUGCUGCACUACGCAAGUCUGCUCCCCGCAUUGGACGAGGCCUCAAGGGCUGGAGAGAACAGAGUCCCCGGUUGCACGGCUCAGGUCUGGCUGGAUGUCAAGAUUGACGCGGAAGGGGUUGUGAUGUUGAGAGCGGACAGUGACUCCGAGAUCACCAAAGGGUUCUGUUCUUGCUUGAUCUGGGUGCUCGAUGGAGCGGCAGCCGAGGAGGUGUUGAGCGUGAAGGCGGAUGAUUUUGUGGAGAUGAAUGUGGGGCUGCCCAGUCCUCCGACCAGGGGCAGGGGCAGGGGGAACAGCUCCUCCUCCAGGGUAAACACUUGGCAUAACGUGCUGAUGAGUAUGCAGAAGAGGACAGGGGAACUGCUUCUCGCUGCUGCUGCUGCUGCUGCUGCAAGUGCAACGGCAGGAGGAGGAGGAAGAAGAAGAAGAAGAAGAAAUCCUGCCACUUGCAAGGAAACAACUCAGCUCUCACUGCCAAGUACGAGCACUUUGGAAUAAUUUGCAGCAGCAGCCCAACUCAGAGUUACGUUGGAGAAGAUAGACAAACCUGCUCGCUCAUGUUAUCUGCUUGCUUGACCUGGAAUUAUACCUGUGGAAGUGGAAGAAUGCAUACACUCAGAGCACCACAUGAAUGAAAGAAUAUGAACAGAGAGAGUGGGUGUAGAUACAGUCAAACAGUAGCCCCUCAUCAAAUCCCUGCCUAUUCAACUAAACUGCUACCUACCUAAAAAUAGAUAACUAAACUAGGGAGUUACACACAUAUAAUAUAGUAUAAUGCAUUGUUUGUUCUUGACCACAGUUCACAUAAUUAAUUCAUUAGCGCAGAUAUUGCACAUUGUAUAGAAUAUAUAAUAG